GAGAGAGAAGGAGAGAGAGAGAGAGAAAGAGGAAGCAUAGUCGAAGGAUUGACGUUCUCGUCGCGUCGUUGCUAAGAUACUCUGGUAGAGAGUGUAGUAAGUUUGAGGAGGAAGAUAAAUAUUAGAAAGAGAUGACGCAUAAAUAGAGGAUAGGAGAGAGAGAGAAUAAAAAAAAAAAACAGAAGAAGAGGAAGGGAAGCGCAACGCCGUCGACGUCCGUCGUAGGUCGAAGCUGCUGCAGCUCGGCCGGUUGUGCGAAGGCAAGCGAAACCCCGUUCGUUGGGUCUUUCCCCUUGACAGUCCUCUCCCCACCCCACCCCAUCCCUCCCUUCCCUUCCCUCCCUCCAUCGGUGGGCUCCAUCUCGCGCUCCUGUCAUCUGUCGGUGGCACGAGUGGGUAGUAGCGGAGCGGCAGCGGCACGCUCUUUCGACUACCUGUUGUGCCGACGUUCGAAGCGCGCCACAGCCUGUCCUUUCCUCCCGCUCCCAGUCGCUCGUUCGCUCACUCUCUUUCUCUCUCUUUCUCUCUUUCAUCCUCCCUUACUCCUUUAACUUCUCCCUCUCUCUCUUUCUGUGUUUCUCUACCGGUCGGUCGGCCGUGCGUGCGUCCGUCCAUACGUACCCUCCCCCCUCGUAAGCUCCCCCUCUCUUCUGCCAUAUCCCUCGUGGCGUCGUCGUACCUCCACCACCACCACCACCACCACCACCACCACUUUCAUCACUACCACCACCGCCACCACCGCCGGCACCACCACCACCACCACCACCACCACCACCACCACCGUUACCGCCAGCACACAGCCGCUGCCGCUACCGCCGCCGCCGCCGCCGCCGCCGCCGACGACGACAACGACGACGGCGACGACGACGAUGAGUGCCGAGCGGUUUUCCGACGGCGGAACGAAGCGCGCGCUCUUCGCCUCCUCGAGACUCUCGCUAAAGCGCGCGCACGCGCGCGUCCAUUGACAGACAGAGAGUAUUUGUUAGAAAGAGCGAGAGAGGAAGAGGGACCGAGGGUGAGGGUGAGAGAGAAAGAAAGAGGGGGGUAGGGAAGAGAGAGAGAGAGAGGGGGAGGGAGGGUGGGAGGGAGGGAGAGAGAGAAGCGCGCGAGAUACGGAUACCGAAGAUCGAGAGUGCGCGAUCGGUCACGCUCACGUGGAACGUGUCUUCUUUCUUAUCUUCCGCUUCUACUGCUAUUACUACCUACUACUACCACUAGCACUACUACUACUACUACUAUUACUACUACUACUACUACUAUUCCACUACUACUGCUACUACCAUCACCACUACCAUCAUCACUACUACUACUAUUACUACUACUGCUAUUACUACUACUGCUAUUACUACUACUACUACUACUACUACUACUAGUAUUAUUACUAUUCUCCCGUUUAUGCGUGAACUCGUCGAGUAAGGAUUCGGUGCAACUUGAGGAAGUGGAGGAAGAGAAGGAGGAGGAAGAGGAGGAGGAGGAGGAGGUGAAUCGAGCGCGUCAAAUGCCGCUCGUUGUCGGCUCGCCUGUCAGCUGCCGAUGGAGGAUGCUCAAACGGGUAGCAUCGAGGGCUACUGACGAGGUCAACGUCGUCGUCGAAUCUACCGACAGAGACAAGAACGAAGAGGAGGACUUGUUUGUCUUACGAAUUGCAAUAGCUUAUCACUGAGCUGGCUUACUCUGCGGUGGAUCUAGGGGGCUGUAUGGAGGCCGGGGGGCUUCUGCCUCGCCAGCCCUCGCAAGGCCCCCCCGGCAUUGCCCCUGCCUCCAUAUCUGUGUGCGUGGGGCAGGGCCCAAACGGUAAUAACAAUAACAAUACCAACAAUAAUAAUAAUGGACCGACAAAUAUUGUUGGAAAUCCUGUUAUCGGUCAAUCCAACUCCGUAGCUACGACCGCCUCUAUCCAUGAUCUGAAUGCCGUCGGACAAUUGAGCGUGACAAGUCAACAGCAACUACAAUUGCAACAACAAAUGGGUCAAGCACCCGGCAUGGGUGAGGUCCUCACCCCGAAAAGGCAGGCAGUCGUCGAUCGUCUUCGGCGUAGGAUCGAGAGUUAUCGUCGCAGGCAAACCGAUUGCGUGCCAAGAUUCGACCAGAGCUUCAACGGGCUAUGCGAGCAAAACAUACAGGACACCCUGGUGUUGAAGCAACGAUUUCUCGAGAGCAAGGCCAAGAGGCAGGCGAAGAAGACGGACAAGAAGCAGGCCGAGCAGCCCGUAGGUCUCUCCAGCGUUCACGUGCAGCAGAAAUUCUUAAAGAGAACGGCCGAGGAGUUGGAGGCAAGCGGGGGUGGCGGAGGCGACGGAGGAUUCGGUGAGCCACCGGUAAAGCUACAAUGCACGCAAGCCCAGCAUCAGCAUCAAGCGCAGCUUACCAGCGGUGGCGGAGGAGGAGGAGGCGGAGCCGGAGGUGGUGGGCCUCACCACGGCCACGGGCAGCAUCAGCCCGGAAACGGUGCGAACUCGACGGGUCCGAACGGACCAGGUAGCGGAGCUGGUGGAGGCGGAGGUGGCGGCGGAAGCGGUGGAGGUGGUGGUGGCGGUGGUGGGGGUGGAAACGAAGGUCUGACCAAGUUCUCCGUCGAGAUCGUUCAACAACUGGAGUUCACGACCUCGGCCGCGAACUCUCAGGCACAGCAAAUAUCGACGAACGUGACGGUGAAGGCAUUGACGAACGCUUCCGUGAAAAGCGAUUUAUUGAACGCCUCGUCCUCGCCUAAGCCGGACCCGAACGGCGGCGGUGGCGGAACUGGAGGCGGUGGCGGUGGUGGAGGUGGUGGGAAUGUUAGGACACAGCCGGGAAACGGAACCGGUGGAGCUGGUGGUCCAGGCGGGCCUGGUGGUGCUGGCGCCGCAGGUGCCACGGAUGGAAUCGGUUGCGUCGACAUCGCUAAUCUCGUCGAGUGCAAACAAGAACCCGAUAACGAAUUCGUCGAUCUUGAACAGUGCGCCGCCGCCUUGGAAAAGGACGCGGCAGUGAACGGAGCCGGUUUCCCUGGCUUUUCUGAUUUCAUGGGUGACGACACCGGCGAUGAGAUCAUUACAUCGGACGCUUUUAAAGAUCUCAUCUCGGAAAUUUCGGACUUCCAUCCGGAAUUCAUGAAAGACUUUGAUUUUGAGGACAAAAGCGUAGACGCGUUGGCGAACAACGCGGCAGCUGCCGUCGCGAAUGCUGCCGCCGUCGCAACCGCAGCGGCUGUAGCUGCUGUAACUAAUGGAAAUAAUCCUAAUAACAAUGGAAUGCCUCCGAACAACGGACAGAUCAAGAUCGAAGACGACAAGGAUACUAUUCAUCAUCAACAGCAACAACAGCAACAACAGCAACAGCAACAACAGCAGCAGCAACAUGGGAACAGUAAUAAUAACAACGGUGUGAAUAACGGUACGACCGCCAAUAACGGCAACGCGUUACCUGCCAAUUCCAGUCCAAGUGCGCUCGCCUCCUCUCAGUAUUCCCCCGCCCGACUACCUUACUCCGGUCUAGACUUUAAGUCCGAAAUGAGCCCGGCAGCUCAGACGCUCAAACAGAUGGCCGAGCAGCAUCAGCACAAGAGUCAGCAGCUAGGCCUUGGCGGUUUCAAUCCGACAGCAGCGGCAGCCGCAGCUGCGGCGGCUGCUAGAGGACCAGCGGCUAGAUCACCUUAUGCCGAAUUUUCUCAAUUUACCGGAGCUUCGGACUAUUUGGGUAGUCCAGGAAGCACAGCACCCCCGGGUGGACAAAAUCAAACUCCAGGAUCUGGUACCGGAUCGUAUCACAAGAACAAUGGCGCAACCGGUUUCCAAAGUCAACAAACAAACGACAUGUUCGUCAGUUCCCAAACACAAUUUGCCCCCGGCUUGCCGGACAUGAAGAGAUCACAACCAAACGCGGGUGGUAAGCCGAGUAUGCUGGGACCAAGUGGUGGCUAUAAACAACAAUAUUCUCCUUAUGGAAGUCCAGGCUCUAUGCCGAAUCACGGUAGUCCAGGAUAUCCUCUACCUCCGAGAGGAUCGCAAAGCGGUGGUCCUAAUCAAACCGGAUCUCAAGGACCCUUUACCAGCUCCACACCACCAAGACCUCCCUCGGGACCUGGUACCUCUACAUUGCAGAUCAAUCAAGCGCAACAACUGCACAUUAGUAAUCCGGGACAUCAGAUUCAGGUAUCCGCGGGGCAGCAUAUGCAGCUUACAGGAGAUUUGAAACCUGGAGUAUCCGUGGCUGCUCAGCAGGGCAUGUACUUUAAUCAACAACAGGCACCCAAUCAAUCAGGACCCGGCCAAGCGGAUACUUACUGCUCUGUGUCUCAAUCUCAGACCAUUAACUUCACUCAGCAAAGUCUGAGACAGAGAGCAGCCGCCGCUGCUGCGGCGGCUGGUGGCGUUCCGCAAGCUGGUGCUGCCACUGGUGCUCGUGGUCAUCCUCAGCAGGUCCCUCCAAAUCAAGUGGACCAACAUCAACAUGCCAAAAUCCUUCAGCAACAGCAACUGAUGCGCGCUCAGCAGGUGAUGCAACAGCAACAGCAUAUGGCAGGAGGGAUGGGAGGUGUACGGCCACCUCCACCGGAAUACAAAGCCGCGGCUCAAGCGCAAAUGAUGCACGCUGGUAUCGGAAUGGGUCAACAAGCAAGAUUUCCAAACCCUGGACCUAUGCGGAGAGUUACACAGCAACCGAUGCCACCUUCCGGUCCAAUGAUGAGGCCACAAAUGGCACAGCAACAGCAACAGCAGGCAUUGCACGCGGCCGGUGGUAACAUGUAUAUGGGCAGCGGUAAUAUGGCCGCAAUAAGCGGUAUGCAUCAAAUGCAUCAGCGAUUGGGUUAUCCAAGGACCAACAAUCAACGGCCGCCGAACGUCAGUGUAGGACCUCCGGAUGGUCUUGGCAAUAGUAUCGCUGGACGUGGAGCACAGCAAGAAUGGAGACACGUUUUAAUGCAGCAGCAAGGCUUUCAAGCUCAAAUGCGAUCGCAAUUCAAUCAGCAGAGUCACCAAGGUGGUUUUGGAAUGGGCGGUGCUGGUGGUAUGCAGAUAAACGCUGCGCAGAUGCAGCAUCAGCAAUUGAUACGUUCGCAAAGCGGUGGUAUCGCUAAUUCGGGAAUAACCAACAGCACUCAAAUGCAGCAGUUACUUUCGCAGCAACACCAGCAACAAACAUUGGCUAUGCAGCAAAAUAAUAAUCAGAUGUCACUACAGAUGCAAAUGUCACAAUCGUCUACCGUUAACUCAGUUAGCAGUACAGGCACGGCCUCUCCGCUUCAUCCUCAUCAGCAAUACGGUGCUGGGAGUCCAGGAGUACGUAGCCUUAGCCAGCAACAUACCCAACCACCGCCGACGACCACGGAUCCUUCCGUGGCAGCGGCAGACUUUAGUCUCGAAUUUUUGGAGAAUCUUCCCGCAGGAGACACAUCGAACUUCAGCGCUCAAGAAUUGCUUAACUCGCUCGACUCCACGGCGGGCUUCAACCUCGAUAUUCUGUAAGAGCGAAGCCGCCUGACAGUCUCUUUAGGAGUCUUUUAGGUUUGCUAUACUGCGAGUAAGAUCGACCGCCCCCAUCCUACUUCGAACUUAUAAUACGCGUUACCUUCGAUGAGUUUCGGAUAGUGACGAAGUAAAGGGCAGAUUAAGACACAUUAAGUAUUUUACAAACGCAAAAUACAAAGUUUCUCUCUAUACUGCACAUGUACAAUUGCAUUCCACUUGUUAUUCAUUGUUCCUACCAUACCGUUCGAGUUUUGUUACUUUCUUUAGAAUCUCAUCGAUACGAUAACUUUCUCGAAGACUUUUUUUUUUCCCCCCCAACUUUCUCGAUCACUAUCGAAAAACUAUUCGAUGAUUCGCUUCCUAUCAGACCUUCCAUUUUCACGAGUAUCAUCGAUCUGAAUUGAACUAUAUGCGUCUAAACCGCCUUGAUAAAUUUAUCCAUGGGGGUGUUCGAUUUGGUCGCUAGAAAACCUAUCGUUCGUGCAUACGCAUAUACAUAACGAAUGUACGAAAGGGGGUAGUACCAAUAGUAAAAUUUUUUUUCUCACGAUAAUCACGACGUCUCUCGACAGGAGAGGAAGAAGGAAGUAUCAAGAACCAGAAUGAAAAAAGAAAAGAAAAGAAAGAAAGAAAGAAAGAAAGAAAGAAAGAAAAAGAGAAAGAGAGACACUAUAAUGAACAUCGUAGAGUAUCGUUGAUCUUAAGUAUUUAAAAAGUAAAAUACGUCGCAAUGUCGAUGAAUCGACGACGAUUAGAUAACUUUGGUCGAUCGCGUCCACGGCCGGCCGUAGUGCGUUCUCGGCAGCUCCUUUUGGCUGUCGACUAUUCUUCUAGGCAAUCGCGUUUAGUAAAAUUUAAUUUUUUAUCAUAUUCGUUGAUAUGAAUAAUAAGAAAUGAAAACGGAAGGAGAAAGAGACUAGUAACGUGGAACAUCAAGUGGCGGCCAAGUAAUCCGUCUAGCUAUCAUUCGUUUUCCGACUUCUCUCAUAUUAACGAGAUGUCCUUUCAGCCAAAGAGAGAGUUAAUAGACGAGUUGUUAUACGAAAUAUUUUAAAACGCAUUAUCAAAGGUAAUGCGUUUGAGUGAUCUCUUCGAAAAAUGCACGUCUGAAAAUUCACUUUAUCCUUAACAUAACAAAUUUUGACGUUGUCGUUUUUGUCCGAGGACGAUGGAAUAAAGUGUUGAGUGCUCACGUCGACGACGCUAAUCCGACUUCGGCGAGUACUCAACGAAGGAUAAAAUCGCUGCCCUUGAUCCUCCACGUGAACGUAUGCCGAAUAAGCGACAGAAAAAGAAAUAAAGAGAAGGAGAGAGAAAGAGAGAGAGAGAGAGAGAAAGAGAGAAAAUCAUGUUAGGCAAAGAAAUCGGGUUAAAUGAUCAAAGUUACUUAACCGAACCUAGUCCAUCGCGGUAUUCGUUAUUUCCUCAACAAAUUCGUGCAAAAAAAAAAAUAAAAAGAAGAAAAAGAAAAAAAAAGAAAAAGAAAAAGAA